UCCACAAUAACAUCAGCGCCCUACCUAGUGGACUAGGUAGUCUAAUAGGGGAUGUUUAGUACUUAACCCUUGUUUUCGUUGUCAAGGAAGCGCGUCUGUGGUUGUCAACCAUACAAAAACUAUUAGUUGCGCGCGUUUAUGAGUGCUUUAAGCGAUAAUUUAGCUGAGGAAUUAAUAAUAAUAUACGUAUUUAAGAUGUUCGAAUUGAUAGAAGGUAUGAUUCUUUGCGGAAUACGUAUAUUUAUGCUUCCAAAAAGAAACUGCGGUGUUUAGAAAUUCAGAGCGCUGACAUAACAUCGUCUAGAGUCAGCUAGCUAGGCACUUUAACAGGAGGUUAACAGAAUGAUCCUUCAUCAUCUUCAUCAUCAUCGUCAUCAUCAUCAUGCCGCUUUUUCCUGGCCAGCCAGAAAUCCAGAGCAGUUCUGAAAAAGCUCUUCUUCAGGAUGCCAACGACGAAGGACACUCUUUUUUAUUCAAAUAUUAGAGCAGGUCUGGAUGGAGAGGCUGACGAUGAUAGACAGCUUCUGGUCCAGGAACAAAAGGCUUAUCGAGCUCGAGCCCGUCAGUACUGCCUGGAAACCAACCGGCGUAGAAGGGCGUUAGAGGACAGGAGGAGGCAGCGGGACAUUCAGGAGCAGAGGCUGAGGGAGAACAUCCUCCAGCAGCGUAAGCAGAGACUGCAGGAAGCUACAGAGCGUUUUCAGAGAGCUCACCUCCCUCCGUCUCAGAGGAGAAGACCAGUCUCAACUACAAGAGUACCUAACUUGGAUGAAGCACUCAGUCAUAUUCAGGGAGGUCAUCAGUCUUCAUUCUUUUCUGCCACUUCCACCAUCAGUAGGAGCUGCAGUCCCUCACCUAAACCCCCAGGGGGCUCCAGCGGUCCUCGGAGCCUGCGCACAGUUUCAGCAGCUCAGGCCUACACCAAGCUCAUGCAGGAGAGAAGCCUGGGUGACUUUAAAACCAGCCAACUUCUUUUCAUCAACCAGCUGCAGGAGAAUCUAGUGAAGGCUCAAGAACAAUUAGAACAACUUCAAACACAGGAUCACAGUGACACUCAAAUUAGCCAUGCAGAAAGCCUGUCUAGCCUGGACAGUCUGGAGAAUGAGGUUCCCCAGCACAGUCCUGGCAGUAAACCUGAGAGUCUGGAUCCCCCAGAAGUCCAUGACACCAGAAUGCCAUCGUCGUUGCAGCAAAACUGGCAGCAAACCUGUGCAAGUCCACCAUCUAACCACUGUCCACCAAAGAGCUUCCUGGAGAAGGUAAUAAGUCAGCAGGGUCUGUCUAGUUCUUCCAGUUCCUCAUCACCUUCACCUGUUGAAGAUGAGACAGCAGAUGAGGUGCAGAGUGUCCAGAAUUUCUUAAAAGCAGUAGACCAGUGCAGUAUAACAGGCCAGUUCCAGAUGUCCAACAUCCAAUCUACACCUCCCUGUCAUAAGCAGGUGUUUGUAACUAAUUCUGGACAUACAGCCUACCAGUAUGGAACAACCACUCAGGAAAACAUAUUGUGUGACAAAAGCACAGUAGCAGGCCACUGCAAAAUGCAGACAACCUUAGAUACCAUACCUCUGGAAUACUCAAGAAUGGCUCAAAAGUCCAACUCUGGUGCUGAUGAGUUCUCGAAAUACACUAAGCAUCUGUCAGAGAUGCAGGCUGCCCAGAAAGCCAGCAGAUGUAUAUACAGCGAUGCUUCUGAUCUGAACAAAGUCUCUCCCAAUUUGGAGAACUCAGUCUUACAGCCAGUUGAAGCAGAGACAUAUUUACAGUCUUAUAUUAAGAAAUACAAGACAGCAGAACAUCUAAAUUUAGCAGAUGAAGACAGUGACAGCAGACUCACAAAGGGCAUUUUGCCUAAUUCUUCCAAACUGACAGAGGAGCCAGAUAAAACAUUUGUGGACACUUUGACCAACCAUAUUGACCUCAAAAGUCACAAUGUCCGAUUUAUGAAAGGAAUCCUUAAGAAAAAGUUCAAAUGUAUAGCGGAUGGAGAUGCCAAAUUCAGUUACACCCCAGGCCAUUUUGCUUUCAGCAAACAAGUGGCCAUAGCUGUUAGGGAUAGUUUGGAGCUCAGUAGGUCUAAAGGCAGGGACAAAGAGAGCAACAAAUGCAUUAAGAAGAAACUUCGCUGGUUAGAUGAGGUGCAUAUCGAAACUCAAAGCAGAUUAACUCAACCAGCUCAGCAGCCUUCAGUGGACCAGCAGCAGGGAUCGUUCCAUUCAAGGCAUAUUAACAGACCCACAGACAUACCAAACAACAACAUGACUUCCUCUGGCCUAGGUGACCCCAACUCAACCAAACAAGCUUGGGCAGAUGUUGGUCCCCAGAAAGAAAAGCAGCAGGAACCCACAGCAGAAUCCAGAGUGGAAAAAGCAGCUUCCUGCACUACUGGACUGGUUCCCCGACGGACACACUCAGCCAAAACUGGCACAGGUACCAUUUCAUCACAGUCCCGGAGGGGUACUAUGAUCAGACCACAAUCUUCCAGUCAGAUUCAACAUGUGAUCAGAACCCAAGGGAAGGUCCUGAUGCCUCGACCUCCUCCAAGACCUGAGGUACCCACCAAAACAAGCAACAAUGAUGAAUGUUCCCAAGAUCAAGCACGGCCAGCAGUGGAGCAGGUUCUAUAUAACGACUAUCCAGAAGGUCACCCUGUACCUCAGAGCAACUUUCUUAAAACAGAUGAGGGCCCUAUAUUGGCCCCAGUUUCUCCCUCCUAUGCCUGCUUGUAUGAGACCGUGUCUAAAGGUAUCUACACCCUGUGCCAAUCAGAUGGCCAGGUAGGCAGCAGCAGUAAACGGAAAGGAUACUUGGACCGUACACCAACUGAUGAUGAGAUCUCCAUGCUGUGGCAUGGAGUGCGUAGUGCCUUAGCCAGCAAAGACGGUGACUCUCAAAGCUUGCAGACUCACAAUGCACCAUUGUCCGCUUUGCCUCAAGCUCCUGCCAAUUUGUCCCAUGUUACCAUUAAGGGUGAUGGCCUGUUCAGUGGUGUCAAGGCAGUUGCAAGAAUGGGUGGCUUUUUCCUGUCAUCUUCCAAUGUGAGGAGUCCAGUGCGAAGACCUACUCUGGAGAAUAACAUGGUGAAAAACAGAACUCCAGCAUUAGGUUACAGGAAACCCCCUGUUCGUUAUCAGGCUACAGUGCCAAUAACUGCAAGCAAAACUGACCAGAUGGUGCAUGAUCAAGGUUCUGAGGUGAUAGACGGCGAUGAGCAGGUCGCUGUAGACUCUGCUCAUUUCCAAAGAGCUGCUGAGCUCCUGCAAUCACAACGAGGCCUCAGUGCUCUCUCCCUGGAGGAACAGAAACUUCUACAUUCACUCGAUAGACUCAACCACCGCCUGCAGUAUGUGCAAGAUGUGGCUGCAAGAAACACAGCACUGACAGGCAUCAUUGCAUUGGACCCUGCAUAUAACCAGUCUCCCCAGCCUGGCGAGCGUUCACGUGCCACCCUGCGCACCUACCAUAGCGGCUCAGCUGACAGCCGUACCCGCCCACACAGACGCUACUGACUUCAGCUCCGUAACAGACGCCCUUCUAUCCCAGCGUGUCCCUUUAAUCCUUACUGACAAGCACUUUAUCACUCUUCCUCUCACUUGACACCAGCAGGUAGUCAGUAUUACACCACAGACCACAACUGUACUGUUUAUAUUUUGAAAUAUUUUACAGUUAUACAAUGACACACUUGUAUUAAUGAUCAGAAAAUUACUAAUUGGAAAAACGAUUUAAGAACUACUAAGUCAUCCUCAUUUAACAAUAUAAUGGUUAGUGCUGAUUUAAUCAGAACAGGUUUUGUGGGAGUGGAUGCACUUGUGAGUAAAUGACCGUUAAGGAGGAAUUAUUCUUUGCGAACCGACUCCACUGGCUCUACAAGGAGAGGGAGUGAAACCCAGCAGUGAACUCACUGUUCCAGCCUGAUACACCACCCGUUCCCUCCCUCUUCAGUUUACAGAACAGCAGAAUCGCCCCAUCCCACACACACACGUACACACACUCCUAUUAACUGUCUUCCUGCUGAAUUUCCAAUGAAACAUUUAAUGCAGUGGUUUAAUAUUGUUGUACCUGCACCUAAACCUAAUCCCAGUGAUAAAGGAAAAUCAUCUUUUUAUGGUUCAAAUGCAAACAAAUUUCAACAUGUCCUCACAGCAUCCAAAUAUUCAUGUUUACUUUGUCAUUAUGGGUAUGUUUAGUUUCCAUCAAUAAAGUAAAACAGGAUUCUAAGCAUAUUGUGUGUGUGAGUGUGUGAGUGAGUGUGUGGGUGGAUGGAUGGACAGACGGGUGUUUAGUGUUUAUGCAGCAAGUGCUAUAUGGGCUAUGGAAAAACUCUAAUUUGGAUGUAAAUAUUGAUUUGUUAUGUGAGGAACAAUAUACAGAAUCACAAUUUCAAUGUUUUGUCUAAACAAAUAGAGGCUAAUUCUAAAGAUAAUGUCAUAUUUAAGACCAAAUUGAGGAUGCUUUUGUCAGAGAAACAGGUUUGUUGUUUUGAUGAUUAAAUUCAUGAAAUAAUUUCAUUUAUGUAAUUUGAUGAAAUAUCUACCCUCAUACACUUUGAGGGUAAAGGUGCAUUUCUUGGUUUCUGUUUUCUAAUUCCGUUUGGAUCACAUGCUAUUUAGACGUCAUUAUUGAGAGAUGUUCAUGCGAUUCAAUAUUUAACUAGCACAGCAGCUAGUAAGUGCAUGGUCAGCCAUGCAAAAAGGACAACAAACUCCAGACAAGAAGACCUCAAAUCCACCUUGCCUUAAGUAAAGGAAAGUUAAAGUUUUGCCUGCAUGUGCAGUUCUGCUAAUCUGUCACGUCUUUCCUGUAUGCGUAUGAGCCUUGCCUCCGGUCAGCUUGCCUUGACUUGUUACAGCAGGACAAGGAAAGCCACGCAGUGCGGAACAAUCUGGCAGCAACUUGCCUUCUUAGAAAGGUGAUGAAACUUGUGGUGUGUUGCAGGAACACACCUGCUGAACAGGUUUCAGCGCUUUGUGCCUUAAUCUUACUAGAUGUUGGGGGUUGUUUCUCACACAUAUUAUCCUGUCUGUUUGGGCAAGGAGAGAUUUUACAAGAUUUCCUCUUGUGAUGUUUAAAAUCCCAGGGAUUUCAGCAUGCACAUGUUUCAACAGGAUCUUUCCAUGUUUGUUUUUAUUAGUUAAAUCUAGUAGUUUAAAAAAAAAAAAAAAGCAGAGACUUUUUGGAUCCUUAUGGAAAGAUCACAUCGAUUUCAAAUGUGAUUAUGUCCGAAAUAUAUAUUUACAUGUAAAUAAAAUAAAUGCGAAAGCAAAUUUCAAAAUGUAGUGUCCGUCAAGUUGCAUGUGUAAUUUAUUUAAAUAAGAGAUAAGUAAAACCAAAUGAAUGUGGAAACAAAUGAAUCACAAUAAGAAUAA